CAAUCAUCAGCAUCAAAUUUGCCAAAACAAGAGACAGCUGGAGAAUCAUCAUCAUCGUCACAUUCUGCUGCGCCCAGUAUCUCUGAGGCACCUAUUGCGAACGAUGACCAAGAAGUUGUAUACCAGGACGAGCCACAAAUUGCGGACACAAGUUCCCAACAGAGUCCAGUGGUAGAGAAUGACAAGACAGCCUUCAUCACUCGACCAGAUUCCGAUAUUCAAGAUCCUAAUGCGACUACUUCUGAUUCAAUGCUGGUGGAGGAUAUCCCAGUACAAGGAAGCGAGUUUUAUGAGCUGUUGAAACAACCAGAAGUGCAAGAAACUGGAGAUGAUGCUUCGAAAGAAGACUUGGUGUGA